AUGAAACGAAAAAUCACAGCCCCAUCCUCUACAACAUCAUCUUCACAACAAGCGGAAGUCAAGAAUGCAAGUUUAGAAGCUCUCAACAAGAAAAUGAAAUAUAGCCUGAUGAGUGAAAACAGGCCUGUGUUUGUGAGUUCAAUGAAUGAAGAAAAAGAAGAAGCGGUUCCGAUAUCAUCGGAAGCUUCAGCAACAGAGGAAUCACAAAUAUCCAUUGAUUCGAUUGGUUCUAUUGAGCCAUUAAGAUCCAUCAUCGUUGAAGAAGAAGAUUUUAUAUCAGUGAAAGAGGUCCAACCUUUUUUAUCUUCGGAGCUCAAUCAAGGAGACGAAGAAAUAGAUCACACAAAUACCAAACCAGUAAUUCAAACAAAGUUAAAUAUUAUAGAGAAAGCCAUAGAUUUUUAUGGGCUUCCCCGAAUAUGUGGUGAAUUAUUUCGCGAAAUCAAAGGUGUAAAUAAGUUAUACGAGUGGCAAGAAAAAUUGUUAGGACUUGAAGAAUUGAAAUCUGGAAGAAAUUUAGUAUAUUCGUUGCCGACGAGUGGAGGCAAAACACUAAUUGCAGAAAUUUUGAUGAUUCGGAAUUGUCAACUUUUCAAAAAGAAAUCCUUGCUGGUUCUUCCAUAUGUUUCCAUUUGUGAAGAAAAAUGUGCAAGUUUGGAAUUAUUUAGUGACCACUUAAAUUUCUUUGUUGAGGGCUAUUUUGGAUCCAAGGGAGCUAUUCCUGUUGAACCUGGAAAUCAAUUAAUAAUAUCUACGAUAGAAAAAGCAAACCUUAUAAUUGACUCUCUUGUUAAAGAGAACAGAAUUCAUGAGCUUGGAUGUGUGGUUAUUGAUGAGUUGCACAUGCUAGGGGAGGGCGAUCGAGGUCAAUUAUUAGAACAUUUGAUCACCAAAAUUUUGUACAUACAAAGAGAAAAGAAGCAUGUAGAAAUUAUGAUUGAUGAUACACCAAUUUUUGAGUCACCUGUUGAGAAAUAUUCAACAAAGAUUGAAAAAGUUACCAUUCAAAUUAUUGGGAUGUCUGCAACAAUUCCCAAUCUGGAAAGUAUUGCUAAUUGGAUGGAUGCUACUUUGUAUACAUCAGAUUACAGACCGGUUCCUCUAGUAGAAUACUAUACCAUUGGAGACACUGUUUUUGACAAACAAGGAAGCAAAAUAAGAAAUCUAAAUUCAAUACCGUUUGAGGUUGGAAAAGGAAAGGCAGAUCCUGAUUUUAUAGCAUCAUUGUGCUGUGAAAUUAUACCUGCAAAUAGUGUUCUAAUAUUUUGCCCCACAAAGCAAUCCUGUGAAGAUUGUGUGAAACAUUUAUCACAAACACUUCCAAUUACCAAAGACGAUCAAGAAGAAAAAGAAAAAUUAAUUUCUGAUCUCAAACUUAUUGGAAAUGACGACCAUAAUCUUUUGAACGGAAUUAAGUAUGGAGUUGCAUAUCAUCAUAGCUCCCUAACCACUGAAGAAAGAGCUUUAAUCGAAAAUGCAUAUAGAAAUCAUGUGAUUAGUGUGAUUUGUUGCACAAGCACUCUUGCAGCUGGCAUUAACUUACCUGCUGCAAGAGUUAUUUUCAACACACCCUACAUUGGUUACAAACAAUUUUUAUCCAAAGCUAAAUAUCUCCAAAUGGCUGGUAGAGCUGGUCGUGCUGGGAUUGAUUCGUUCGGAGAAAGCUAUCUCGUUCUUCAAAAACAAUACAAAACUCAAAUUGAUGGUGGAUUGGAGUUAAUUUCUAAACCACUAGAAAAUAUAAACAGCUGUAUCCAUGUGGAAGACAUUGAUUCUCUAAGUAGAGUGUGUCUUGAGAUUGUGUCUAGCGGCCUCACUUCAUCUAUGGAGGAAAUUGACAAGUUUGUAACUCAUACUUUUUGCACUUUUCAAAAUCCUGAUAUCAAACAAAAAUUAAUUGAAAAGUUUCGUUUUGUAAUAUCUCAACUUGCUGAAAACAAAUUAAUUAGCAUGUCAACAGAGUCAUCCUCUGGUUUUGAAAUGACCUCGUUUGGUCUCGGAGCAUCUAGGAGCGCACUCACUCUAAGACAAUCUCUAGAACUUUUUGACCAUUUAAAGAACGCAAUGGAUGAAGGCAUCAUCUUGAGUGAUGAAUUGCACUUGUUAUACCUCAUUGGAGUUCCCAUUGAUGGCAAUGGUUUAUUGGAGCCAAACUAUGUCAAGUUCUUCAAUUACAUUGAACAAAAGGCUACAAGUAUUGAAAAAAAGAUUUUUCAAAGAUGCAAAAUUCCAGAACAAGCCAUCGUAACAAAAGCUAUGAACAAGUUCUCAAAGAUUAGCGAUUCAGAUAAUGCCUUAGUGAAACGAAUGUAUAAUGCAUUUAUAUUGAGAGAUAUCAUUAAUGAAAUCAACCCUUUUUUGGAGUAUUGCGAAAUUAGAGGUAGAGGAAGUCUUCAACAAUUAAUGUCUCAAUCUACCAUAUUUUGUUCCAUGGCUCAACAAUUUUGUGAAAAAUUGGAAUAUUGGCAUUUAUCAAAAAUUGCAAAGAAGUUUACGAAACGAAUUCAAUACGGAGUGAAACAAGAUUUGAUCGAUUUGGUUCAACUCGAAGGAGUGAGAAGACCUGAGAUUGCCAGAAUUCUCAAGAGGUGUAAUUUGACCCUGGAGCAGCUUUCUCACUUUCUUUCUGAAUCAGAAAACGAAGAAAUACCUCUUUCCUUAAUGGAUGAAGAGAAUGCCACACACAUCAUGACAAGUCGCAAAUUUCUCGAACAUUUAAAAUCCUUUCCUCACUCUUCUCAAGAGGAACUCUCGUUCAUUGACCGUUACUUUACUCAGGAGAAGAUUAUGAUGAUCAUAUUCAGUGCAAAACGUGAACUCUCCAGAAAGGCCUUCUACUUGCGAACGAAAUCAGAGCUCUUGGAACAUUAA